AUUUUCAGGGUAAAUACUAAAAAAAAAAAUUCUGUGUAGAGAAAUAACAUCCUCAGGGAGAAGAAAAACCUCAACCUCAAUGAUGUUAGAAAGUGCGCGACCGCGACUUUCCGUAAGACUUCAAGCCGAUAAUCGCUUUUUCCCCAGAUCCCUAGGCUUUUACGUAAUAUGCCGAGCCAGGGUUCGAAACGCUCCGCGUUUUUCUUCGUCGUCGAACGCGAACCCGCACAACGUCAGCGUGAUCAGUAUGCUAAGAGGCCGCGUUGAACCCUCGUCAUCUACGCGAGCGCGGGUCCUUACAUUUACCUCUGCUCUAUUGCCUCUCACGUUGCCUUCUACAUACACAAAUACAGAUAGCUCACUCAUCCGCUUGUUCGCUCACCCACUCGCUGACUCACACAUUCGCUCAUUCACACGCACACAAACGGACGCACGACAGGCCGUACAUUCGUUGUUGACUACCUGACGAGAACUCGAGCUCUCGGCCAGUCACGUGGCCACGCUGAUCGCGAAGGAUGUUUGUGGGAUCGCAAAGUCAGUCCGCGGCGGACGGCCUGUCGAGAAAGAGAGGAUAGAGAGGCGGCGCGAUCGGGUGAAGGAAAAGAGAAGGAGGAAUGGAAUGGAAGAAGGAGAAGGAGAUACUGGAUCGGGGAUAUCGCCUAAGGUCUUCGUGGUGUUGCUCUAGCUCUACCUGUCCGUAGGCAGCAGUUCGGAGCAACGUUGUCUCGCGCCUCCGUUCUCCGUGAUCUCGCGAAAUAUAUAUAUAUAUUCGUCAGCGAAGUGUGUUCGUGAAGCCGGAAGAAUCUUUGGACUCGAUGGAACGGAGGAAUUCCCGGUAUCCGGAGCAUGUGAAUGGGGGAGAAAAAAUUCUCCCAUAAUGUUUCAAGAAUAUCGUUACGCAGGAGGAAGACGUCGGGUUCGCGCUCGAGGCCAGGAAUUAAUAUGAUAUUUAGUUGUGCAUUAGAAAGUGAGGUAUUUCGUGGUGCACUGAAACGUGGAAGACAGGCGAUGUGACGCCGAGCGAGACUCGAGGAAGCGAAGAUGUGGACGAGAAGCUGAAGACGAAGCCGAUUCUCCUAGUAUUUCGCUGUCGCACUUGCUUAACUUUCUCGUCGAUGUUAAAAGAGUUCGAUUACCGAACUCUCGAAUGAAUUUUUCUUUACAGAAUCCAGGAAGGAAAUUGAAAAGGGAGACACUGGAUUGAGAGAAAAUAAAUCUUGCCAGGCUUCUGCUAGCUGAUGAUUGCGACCAUUUGCGUCGCGGAUGCGGUAUGCGGUAGAAAGUUUAUCCGCGAAACGCCAGAUAAACCAGAUUGCCUUCGUUCGAAAAGAGCAGGGAGAAGAUUCUAUUCGCGUAUACGCACUCUUGAUAAAAAAAAAGCACGUGCGAUCGAGAUAGAAAGGCGAGAAUCGAGACCGUAACAACAUCUCGGAAGAUCAGCCGGAAUGAGAGAUCAUUCUCCGAUGAGAAAAUCUGAGAAAUCGAAUCCUCUCUGCGGCUUCUCUAGCGUAAAAUCGGUAAGAAGACCGAGGACGCACUUAACGAUUUAUUAUACUCUGGUGAUUUCGCGAACGAAAACGGAGUAAAUUUAGGAGAUUAAAGGCUGCGCGCAUGUGAAACUAUUAACGAGAACCGACGCGAGCGUUCACCGAUUUUCACGGGAUUGUAUGCAAAAUCGCGUCGGCGAUAUCGCGGGGCAUCGGCCCGCGAUCGCGACCCGCUUACGAAUAAAGAGGACGAGGUGGACUCUCGCGAGGGAAGAGGAACGAAAGAGAAGAGAGAGACGAAAAAAAAAAGAAGGAAACGGUGAAUCGACGCGAGGCACAGGAAUCGCGGCGAUUUCGCUGGCACAACGGCGUAAAAGCGCGCGGCGACGUUGCACAACACACUUGUCAUUUCUGAUCCGCAUUCGACGUGCACGUUGCUCGUUCAUGCGUUUUAAAGCGAAGGAAAAAUCCCCCACCAUUCCACUACUAUUACCAUAUAGAACUUAUGCAUGUUAGAAGGAGUAUAUCCGGCCGCAGUAAUCGUUUCUACAAUUCGCGAUCGCGGAUUUUAAACAGGAGAAACAUUACGAAAUUGUUGGAUGGAUUUUCAUGUCAGAAAUGUAUUUUGGUUCAAGAGACAUCGUUGACAGUUUACUUCAUAAUUUGCACAUUCCUAAUUGAUUCGCGCGCGUGAUAAGGAACAACGCGAUAAAACUCGUCGUCCCUCUCUCUUAUCUUGAAGAUACUUUACCUGAACGCAGUUUUCACCGCGUCAGGUGAGAAGGUGCAUUACCACUGACAUUUAGUGUCGCGGAGUGAUGGUGCGCAUACUUUUACAAAACUGCUUCGGGGAAGGGUGCAGUUAGUACGACUCGAAAGACUAAGAUGCAGUUGACAAUUCGACCUCCAUUUAACGCGAGAGAGAGACAUUUCACACUUUGAAGUGCACGUGCAUACAUAAAUAUUUUUCAGCGCCACUAAGGCUAAUAUCGCGAAUGACGCGAUAGCAACGGAACGCAGAGUUAGCACAAGUAUUUUCCGCCGAGAAGAAUUUCAUUUCGAGUGCAACGUCGUCGAGAGAAAGAGAAAAAAAAACACGUUUCCAGGUGCCAAGUAUAUUUUCGCGCACGCAAGCGCGUCGCCGUCGAGAAUGAGCGGUUAGACGAUCCGAAAAACGUGCGGAAUGCAGUUAGCAACCAGUCAGAGACCUCACCCGCCUCCGGUGCCACCUCGGCCGAGUCGGCAGGUGGUCGCCGAGGCCCUUAAGAGGUCGCCAAGGCCGCCCUGUCCUACUAGACAGGCACCGCCGCCGCCGAACAUGAAGCCCUGGAGAUCCAAUCAACAACAACAACCACAGCAACAGACGCAACAGCAACAGGUGGAUCCAGCAACGACCGGACGCACGAUCGUGUACGAGUCCAUCAGGGAGGACUGCAAGGACGAGAGUGCAUCUGAUGAUAGAGAUCGCAAGCAGGCGCGAAAUACAGACAGGAAUGUCGAGGACAAUCGGCCAGAGAAUGGAGGCAAGAUUGCCUCGUCUCACGAACAUCACGAGAAUAUUAGCUCGGGGAGGCUUCAUCCCACGGGAAACAUUCCGGUAAACGUCGUCCGGAAACGCAACAGCUUGACCGAGGAUCAACGACCUCAGCAGAGACUGGAGACUCGCGGAAACUCCCGCGGGAAGGAUCCGGUGGGUCUGUUGGAUUAUCGAGGACGAUGCAGGGCUUUGCCCGGUAAGGAUCAGCUGAAGGAGAACGCGACGGAGAGAGUUGAAGUCGCCAGAACUGUCAACAUGUCCUUGGAAGACAGACCUCGCGCCUCGUUCUCCAGUCCGGAUUCCGCCGGCGGACAAGUCAUGGUGAGUCAUCCGGAAAAAUGCAACGGCAGCCCGGAGAGAGAGGCAGAUGACGAGCGAGUUAGGUCGACGCCCACGUGCAAACCGUGUCCCGGGGAGCAACAGCAUCGGCAGAAACAGCAUCCGGAAAUUGUCUCGAAGGGAAAGACUGCCGGGAACGAUAGCGUCGAGGCUGUAUCCUCGAUCGAGAGAUCGACCAGCGUCCCGAGCGUUGACCGCGCCGCUACCACGGUGCUCGUCAUCGACGAACCAGAGCGUAAAAUCGCACUUAGCGAUCAUGAGGACAAUAACGACGACGACGACGAUGAGGACGACGGUGACAACAAUAUUCAUCGGCAGGAUUGGCUGGAGGCGGGAGUCCAUUACUCCUCCACGCAGAUCACUCUGCACGGAGACGACAUCGUCGACGGGGAUCAUCGUAUCAACGGUUACGAUCAUCGUGAGGAGGAGAGGAUCACUGAUCUCGAUUUUAUCAGCAUACAAGAAAGGAUCGCGAUGUCUUCUCUGCAAGGACUACCCCCGUUACCGAGGAGUCUGAGCGGUUUCAACCUGAGCGGACGCGGCGAGAACGGUGAGCCACCUCCACCGCCCACGAGGUCGUCGAGUAAAUCCCAAAGAGGCGGUAAACCGUCGUCAUCCAGGCCGUCGCCACCUGCCAGACAACUCACCACCCUGGAUACCCAGCUGGCGGUACUCAGGAGAGAAAUGUUUGGGUUGCGGCAACUUGAUCUCUCUUUACUGUCGCAACUAUGGUCUUUGAACGAGUCGAUCCAAGAGUUUCGGCAGCUGCUACAGGAGCAGGAGGACCGAGCGCCUUCGCCGUCGCCCAGCAGCGAGGAGGGAGACGACACGUCCUACGGGACGCAUCCGCCGCCACCUCCGAGGAGGCCGGCGCCCACGUUGCAUCAUCAUCGACCGCCGCGACCGCCCAGGCCACCCAGACCUUCGGCCAGCGACGAGUCGCCGUCGAGCGAGGAGUGCGGAGCCGUUUGACGUAUCGUUACUGAGAGGAAGAAGUACUCGAGAAGGUCUCGAUCCUCUCAUCGCACUUAGAACGACGCGUUCCUGGAAAACGCUGAUAUUUACGAGAAGAAAGAACCUCGAAAGACUAACGUGAAAGCAGAAAUUGCGACGAUUUGGGCUUUUCGAUAUCUUAUCGGCGGUCUAAACUCGCACGUGACGUGACAUUCAAUUUGCGAACUAUUAAUUCCUAAAGGUACCUGCAACGUUACUUGUUAGGACACUCAAGAUUGCGAUCUAUAAGUCGGUUCUCUCUCUCCCUUUUCUCUCCUUUAAUUCACGAUUGGGAUUGACUCAAUCGUUUGACUGGGAGAAAUUAUACCCGGUAAAUGAAUCGCGAUUGCACAUGCAAGCGAACGGUGUCACUCGUCUAGAGAAGCUGUCGCUUCUCUCGUAAACCAUCGUUUGAAAUUACGAUCUAUGACGUUGCUUUAGCAUAAAAAAAGGACUUGUAAUCAAAUCAACCUGACUAUUGCGAUAGUUUGGUCGUCAUUGCGGAGAUUGUUUUGCGUAUGCAGGGUAAUAAUCGCUUCGCAGUUUGAAGAAGAGAGUUGAUUUGCCAAUUCGCGCAAUAAUCGACGACAUUCUGUAUAUGUCGCACUCUCUAGAUAAAAAAAAAAUGGAUUCAAUUGCCACGAGCGAGAGAGCUAAUUUUAGCUCGGCACGCUACUCUCCUCUCUACUUGUGAUAGCGCUCGAAGGGGCCUUUGAUUAAUGAUAAUCACAUCCAUAUUUGUGCAGAUUAAGAUUUGAAACUUCGCUCCGUUGCGAAGCGACCAUAACAGAUCCGAGCCCGUUGCACCACGAUUCUUUGGUGUUAUAGUCCGAAAAAUAGCGCGAUUCUUUGACGUCACUUAGCCGAAAUACAAGGCUAGUGAGUGCGAAAGAAUCACGCGUGUUCUCUUCUCUUUCGGUGUUUUUUAUACUGUUGUAUCCCAUUGCAAAAUUCAUUCUCGUUGUUGAUAUUCUCGGGUUAGCUCCGUAACUAGAUCUGUGAGAAGGAAAAAAAGAAAAAUUUAAUAUCUUUGAAAAAUGUAACCUAGCGAGAUUUCUACAAACAUGUGAUUUCUUAUUAGUAUAUCUUUUAGUAUUUUUAUUUGUGACGUCUCAAUCCGUCGAAUUUACGUGCGUAUGGUAUUUUCAAAACAAAAAAACUGGAAUUUAUAUUAACGUUCCGCAGCGCCCUUUCGUGUAGAUUAGCACGUGCUGUGUAAAGAUAUGAUGUAAGACUAUGCAGAAUAAAUGAAACUUAAUUUAAAUAUA